GCGAGGUGGAGGUGAGGGCGGGCGCCGGCGAACUCGGAGAGGGGCUCGCUCACUCCAGGCGAUCCCAGCCGCCGCCGCCGCCGCCGCUGCCGCACCACUAACAGCAGCAGCCAGCAGCAGCAGCAGCAGCUUCCAUCCGCAGGCUCCCCUCGUGAGGCUGACCAAGCGGCAGUAGCCGGCGGGGGAAGCUCCCGCUAGAGGAACCCGGCGAGGGCAAGAGCUGUGUGGCCGCCGCCUGCUCGCGCCGUCGGUCGGUCGGUGCCUACGCCCGCGCGUCCGUCCAGGGUGCCGGCGGGGGAUGUGUGUCAGUUUACGCCUCUGAGAUCACACAGCUGCUUGGAAGCCGUGCGAUGCCCACGGCAAUUCCUGGCUUUUCUUUUUUUAUUAUUUUCACGUUUGGCUUUUGGGAAAUAUUCGUGAUGUUGUAGGAUAAAGGAAAUGACACUUUGAGGAACUGAAAAGAACAUUCAUGUGUUUUGUUCUUCAGAGGAAACUGGUCCCCUCCUCCCGGCUUGCUCCCCCUUUGCUGAUUUCAGGAGCCACCUUCCUCCUGGCGAGAUUGGAAUUCCAGCAAGAAUAAAGGUGAAUACGGGCCGUCCGGACCCAGGAGGGAAACACUGACCAUUAGAAAUCUUUGCAGAAGACAUUGUAAGGAAGAAAAUAAGAGACUGAGAAGAAACACAAAGACUUUAAUUAUUACAAGAAACCUACAAAUUCAGCUCUGGAGAAAGCCUCCUUCUCCGAAAUGGAUAUGUUUUCUCUCAUCUGGGUUUUCUUAGCGCUCUACUAUUCAGGACAAGAAGUGAGAGGCCAACCAGACCCAUCCUGUGGGGGUCGUUUGAAUUCCAAGGAUGCUGGCUACAUCACCUCCCCAGGCUAUCCCCAGGAUUAUCCCUCCCACCAGAACUGCGAGUGGAUUGUUUAUGCCCCCGAACCCAACCAGAAGAUCGUCCUCAACUUCAACCCUCACUUUGAAAUCGAGAAGCACGACUGCAAAUAUGACUUCAUUGAAAUUCGGGAUGGGGACAGUGAAUCUGCAGACCUCCUGGGAAAGCAUUGUGGGAACAUCGCCCCACCUACCAUCAUCUCCUCUGGCUCUGUACUCUACAUCAAGUUCACCUCUGACUAUGCCCGGCAAGGGGCAGGCUUCUCCCUGCGUUACGAGAUCUUCAAGACAGGCUCUGAAGAUUGUUCAAAGAACUUCACAAGUCCCAACGGAACCAUCGAAUCACCUGGGUUCCCCGAGAAGUACCCACACAACUUGGACUGCACCUUUACCAUCCUGGCCAAACCCAAGAUGGAGAUUGUCCUGCAAUUUCUGACCUUUGACCUGGAGCAUGACCCAUUGCAGGUGGGAGAGGGAGACUGCAAAUACGACUGGCUGGACAUCUGGGAUGGCAUUCAGCAUGUUGGCCCCUUGAUCGGCAAGUACUGUGGGACCAAGACACCCUCCGAACUCCGUUCCUCUACAGGGAUCCUCUCACUGACCUUUCAUACGGACAUGGCGGUUGCCAAGGAUGGCUUUUCUGCACGUUACUACCUGGUUCAGCAAGAACCACUAGAGAACUUUCAGUGCAAUGUCCCCCUGGGAAUGGAGUCUGGCCGGAUUGCUAAUGAACAGAUUAGCGCAUCAUCUACCUACUCGGACAGGAGGUGGACCCCGCAACAAAGUCGGCUUCAUGGUGAUGACAAUGGCUGGACCCCGAACUUGGAUUCCAACAAAGAGUAUCUCCAGGUGGACCUGCGCUUCCUGACCAUGCUCACUGCCAUUGCAACUCAGGGAGCAAUUUCCAGAGAGACCCAGAAUGGGUACUAUGUCAAAUCGUACAAGCUGGAAGUCAGCACAAAUGGUGAAGACUGGAUGAUGUACCGGCAUGGCAAAAACCACAAGGUAUUCCAAGCCAACAACGAUGCCACCGAGGUGGUUUUGAACAAGCUCCACAUGCCGCUGCUGACGAGGUUCGUCAGGAUCCGGCCUCAGACCUGGCACUCAGGCAUCGCUCUCCGGCUGGAGCUCUUUGGCUGCCGGGUCACAGAUGCCCCCUGCUCCAACAUGCUGGGGAUGCUCUCUGGCCUCAUUGCGGAUUCCCAGAUCUCUGCCUCCUCCACCCGCGAGUACCUGUGGAACCCCAGUGUGGCCCGCCUGGUCAGCAGCCGCUCUGGCUGGUUUCCUCGGAUCCCUCAGGCCCAGCCGGGUGAGGAGUGGCUUCAGGUGGAUCUGGGAGCCCCCAAGAUGGUGAAGGGUGUCAUCAUCCAGGGAGCCCGCGGAGGAGACAGCAUCACUGCAGUGGAAGCCAGGGCCUUUGUGCGCAAGUUCAAAGUCUCCUACAGCCUAAACGGCAAGGACUGGGAAUACAUCCAGGACCCCAGGAUCCUGCAGCCAAAGCUAUUUGAAGGGAACAUGCACUACGACACCCCUGACAUCAGGAGGUUCGACCCCGUUCCGGCGCAGUAUGUGCGGGUGUACCCCGAGAGGUGGUCGCCGGCAGGGAUCGGGAUGAGGCUGGAGGUGCUGGGCUGUGACUGGACAGACUCAAGGCCCACAGUAGAGACACUAGGACCCACCAUGAAGAGUGAAGAGACGACCACCCCAUAUCCCAUCGACGAGGAGGCCACGGAGUGUGGGGAGAACUGCAGCUUUGAGGAUGACAAAGAAUUGCAGCUCCCUUCAGGAUUCAAUUGCAACUUCGAUUUCCCUGAGGAGUCCUGUGGUUGGAUGUACGACCAUGCCAAGUGGCUCAGGAGCACCUGGACCGGCAGCUCCAGCCCAAAUGACCGAACAUUUCCAGAUGACAAGAAUUUCCUGAAGCUGCAGAAUGACGGCAGGAGAGAGGGCCAGUACGCGCGGCUCGUCAGCCCGCCUGUCCACCUGCCCCGAAGCCCCGUGUGCAUGGAGUUCCAGUAUCAAGCCACAGGCAGCCAGGGGGUGACGCUGCAGGUGGUGCGGGAAGCCAGGCAGGAGAGCAAGCUCCUGUGGGUCAUCCGCGAGGACCAGGGCAGCGAGUGGAAGCACGGCCGGCUCAUCUUGCCCAGCUACGACAUGGAGUAUCAGAUUGUGUUUGAGGGAGUGAUAGGGAAAGGCCGUUCAGGAGAGAUCGCCAUUGAUGAUAUUCGGAUAAGCACUGAUGUCCCGCUGGAGAACUGCAUGGAACCGAUCUCUGCUUUUGCAGGUGAGAAUUUUCAAGGGGGCACCCUUCUACCAGGGACCGAGCCCACAGUGGACACGGUGCCCGUGCAGCCCAUCCCAGCCUACUGGUAUUACGUAAUAGCCGCCGGGGGCGCCGUGCUGGUGCUGGUCUCCGUCACGCUGGCCCUCGUGCUCCACUACCACCGGUUCCGCUAUGCGGCCAAGAAGACUGAUCACUCCAUCACCUACAAAACCUCCCACUACACCAACGGGGCCCCUCUGGCAGUGGAGCCCACCCUAACCAUUAAGCUAGAGCAAGACCGAGGCUCCCACUGCUGAGGGCCGAAGCAAGGACAGCACCCAAAACAAACAAGAAAGACUGCAAACACGUUGCCUCGAUUUUGCACUUUUUUCUCCUCGCCUAGUCUCUGUGUGAACUCUAGGACAUCUCUCUCCCAGGUCCCCAAACCCUGUGCGUUUUUAUCCAUCCCAACCGUUCUCCUUGGCUUCUUUAUUUUUCUUCUUCUUCCUUUGUUGAUUCCAAACCAACAACACCCAACUCUAAUGCUGCAUCUUGGAUUAUUUUGAGAAGAGAUACCACCCUAAGCACUUCACAACUCAAGGCUCAGCUGGUUUUGUUCCAGAGACUGGUCCCUUGUUUUUCCCCUUGCCUUAUCCCAUACUUCCUCUCGGUGGGCAGUCUGCCAGGAGACUUGAUGGGAAGCCUGGACCUGUGUGUCUGUACAUAGUAUACAUUUGCGUGUGUGAGUAGCUCUGUGUGUGGGUGUGUGAGGGAGUAUGUGGUUCACUGUGUGUGGGGGUAUGUGAGAGUGUUCAGUGAAGGCCCCCUUUAACUCUUGUGUUACUUCUCCUAGGGUACAUUUUACAAGAAAAUAAUAUACUGUACUAGUUUUGUUUACUUGGAGAAGAGAUUGAAGCUUUUUGUUGCCUUAUCUAGCUCUGGCUGGGUUUCUGUUGGCCAUCAUUAUCAUCUCCAGGUACCUAAAAAAUAGAGGUCACACGGAAUGAAAUGUGGCCCUUCCCAUCCCUUUCCCCACCCCCAGCCCACCUGACCCAAGACGAAGGUUCCCCCAAUGGACUCAGACAUGACCCCUUGUCAUGUCUCCUGGUGUCUUUGAAGUAACAGGAGAACAGCCAUUGGUGCAGACGGAACCAUCUCACUUCCAGCCCUGAAGCAAAUCUGUCUCAUGUUGCCUUAUAAAAGAAAAUCUCAUAAUGAAUGUUUAGCUUUUAUUGGUUAAGUCCAAUCUUGGAAUAAGUCAUAGAGAAUAAGAAAUCUGAGAGUGAUGUAGAAAAAGCAGUAGUCUGUUUACGUCGAGAGCAGAAGGAGAGGAGGGCGAAGGAAGGACUGAAAUGUCUUUUGAAAGUCUCCUCACCCUGGGGGUUCACUGGGCCCGACGUGGGAUGGGGUUGAAUAUGAAGGUUAAAUACCGUAUUCUUUGCUUUGUAUUGAUCAUUGUAAUAGCAUUUGUAAAAUAUGGGGAAAAAGGGAUCAUUUGCUUUCCUUUCACGGUGUUCAUGUGUGCCUGAAUCUGUAGCCACUCAAAUAUAAAGCUGUCCACCUGAUUUACUUAAGUAUUAUGAGAGAAUAGAAAGUAAGCCUUUUUUAAAUGUGCCAGUGUGCGACCCCUUAAAGCAUUAGUGGCAUCUGGUAAAUACACCCUAGCAGGCUGGCCUGGCGUGUCCAGGUGUUGCUGCAUUGUAAGAGAGAAGGUAUAAUGAAGAUAAAUCCAUUGCUGUCCGUUUGUCCUCUCUAAGCAACGCAACGCAGAGAAAGGGAUAUUAGAGAGAAAUUGCCUAAUGAUACUGUAUAAAGGAUAGAUUAAAUAAGUCAGUUUCAUUGGUAGAAAAUGUGUAUUUUAACAAGACUCUCAGUGUACCUUGGCUCAGCCUUGGGGGUGUUUAUUUCUCAUCUUUCUGCCAGGUCCUCACUGGGGAAGUGUAAGAUUUCUCUCCAAAGAUGGUUGCCUGGGCUGAACGCCUGCAGGUAACCUCUGAAAACAAAAUACUAGUGAUUUUUUUUCCUUCUUCUUGGGAGAGAGAGACUUUUCGCACUCUUUCAGCAUAUCCAGUUAUGUCCCUCCAGCACACACACUCACUUUCACAUCUGGUUUGUUUUAUCCUCCCGAAAGAACGGUGCUCUCCCACUCUCACUCUGUUUCAAAAGCUACUCUGGCUCAAUCACAGCAGCCCUUCCAAAAAAAGAUGAAAGGCUAGAGGGCAGGAGACACCUCGAGACUUCUAGAAGUGGCCUACCCCAGCAUUAGAUGGAGAGAGAGGAUGGGCAGGGGAGGAUUCCAUGUGGCGACUUCUGUGCCAGGUCCCUAAGGGUUUUGUAUCUAAGGUGUGCUAAUGUCCACAACCAGUUGUGUGUUUGGGGCCAGGCAUCACCUGGAAAUGAUUGGCAUCCCUGUAGACACCCCUGGAGGCUGGAAAUAACACUUGGAAAAUCCAGCCAGUGUAGCAACUGGCUGAGUUACCACAUACCCUUGAGGAUUUCCCUUCUUUAAAAGAAGAUGACAACAACUUCUGUGAACUUGCUGCAUCUUUAUCUGAUGCCCCAUGUGGGGAAAACACAUCAUCUUUAUGUAUAGGCCAUAGUUGACAGUACAGGACUGCUCAAAUCUUACGUGAAUGCCAGGCUACGUUUCAGCUGGGAUUGUCACUUUCUCUCUCUCCUCUCCUCUCUCCUCCUUCCUCCCUCUCCCCUUCUUUUCCCCCUCCCUCUCCUUCCUUUCUCUCCUUCCUGCUCUCUGCCCAGCAACUCCAUAGUAUUAGCCAGGUGCUAUGCUAAAAGGGCAGUUCUGUAGAAAUGUCAUGCCUUGCAGCUUUGAAAAGCAAAAUAAUGUAUUUCAUGGAGAGAGGGAAGGGUCACUGUCUUUUAAGAGAAAUAUCUGGACAGGUGAAUGCAUGCAUGCAUGUGUUAAAGAAUUGCUUCUCAGAAGACAAAGAUGUGAUAGCAACUAUUAAAAUAUAAAUGAAUGAAUGAACGAAUCCAAGGCCUCGCUCUAGUAAAGCUUCUUGCCUUAGUAGAGGUUUCACGUCAACACCUCCAGGAGGGGACCCCUUGUCUCUGAGGUAACAUUCCCUUCCUUGAUAUUAUAUUAGGAAUUGUUAUCACCUAAUUAGUGGCAGAGGCAGAAAAAGGGGGAAAAAUCAUAACAUUGCCAGUGAUAAACCAUGAUGCUGAAAAUAAAGUGAAAUUAUCGUUUCCCUUGUCCCACAUUUUUGGGAUUAAAGCCAGAAUUGAAUAGGAAAUCCAGUAAUAUGUCUGAGGUUGAUACCCCAUCUUUAAAAAGACUCUCUUUAAAAUGAACUAGCAGGCAAACAAACACCUAAAUAAUAAAAAAAUUACCAAAGAACAGCAACGAAACAAGAAAACGUCAAGAUUUUUACUUCCUGUUCUUACCCCCUCCCCCUGUAACUGUGACACCCCUUGCAUUGCUCAGUUGCCUGUGUGUCAAAAUAACUUGUGGACGUUGGAAACUAUUUGAAAAUGUAUUGUGUGGAAUGUAAUAAAAUGAUGAUAUUUUUAUACAAA